AUGGCGGAUGGGAGGCCAACCAUGGCGGAUGGGAGGCCAACCCUUCAGAAGAAACUUACACUUCGAGACUUGAACGUUGAGGCAGAAUCUGAUGCUGAGAGUAUAUCUGUAGUCAAUAAUGGGCCCCUUUUGAGGGAGUCGAAUGAUAUUUCCAUUCGGAGUGAUUCGGAUCAUGGCGACCAAGACGAACACGACGAACACGAUGCCUUGGGAACGAGCGCACACGACAAAUUGCUGGCUACUCUUGCGACCUUGGGCAUUUCACAAGAUAUUGAUACAUCGGGUAUGGAGGAGUAUCACCGGCGUUUGAGCGACGUGACAUUCUCCGACAAAUCCUACAUUAUGGACUUGGGUCGGCAACAAGCCUCCAGGGAAGAGACGAUACGAAAGGAAGCCUUUGAAGACUCACAUAUAUGGUAUGAAAAAGCUUUGGCGAAAGGAAUGCCAGAAAGUAAAGAGCUCUUUGCUUCCAUAUUUAGUCAAGUAACAGAAGAAGUGAGAGAGAGGUAUGUAGAAUAUCAUAAAAAGCAAGAUGAAUGGCUGGAUCAAGCGCUGGAUGACUAUCAGAAAAAGUUGUCUGCGGAACAACUGAAAAAAAUUCAAGGUGCAGCGCCGACAGAUGAUGAUGUCAAGAAGCAAAAGCUGGCAAAGAAAAUAUCAAAGACAGAAAAGUUGAUGAAAAGGGCAUCGAAGAAUGAGGGUAAAGAUUCGGAAACAUAUCUCAACUAUGCAAAGAAACUUGCGGAGUACCAGACUAAAAGUGAUGAGCUAGAAGUUCCAAAGGCACGCAACAGCAAUGGUGGUACCACGAAAAAAAGUAAGGGGAAUAAGAAAGAUCGCAAAUCGAGUAAAUCCUCGAAACAAUUGGACGAUGAUGACGACAGGUCUAAGAAGUCCAAGAGAUCUACCAAGACUAAUGGGACCAAGAAACUGAAAAAGAAGAAAGAUACAAAAGAAAAGAAAAAAGGAGGCAGAAGCGGUAGUUCUCUCCGAGUGUCAGCAUCAGCAGACGACGAGACUAAGAAAUCGAGCUCAUCGAAAGUUCUCGGCAAGAAGAAAAAAGCAGCGAAACCCGAGAGACAAGCAUCUUUACCAUCCUGA